GAAUAAGCUGAUUGUUGGCUAAGCGUUUUGGAAGUCCAUGCAUCGACUACCCCCAAGUCUCGGAUGGGCGCUUACACUGCAUUGAUUCCUAUGUUCAACUCAACUACUAUUCGCAUCGUCAGCACAGUAUGAUUGUUGAAGGUGCUUCGCGCGAGCAUUUAUGCAAGGUGUGCCACACAAAUUUUCUUUCCUGUUAUGUGUUUUCUUUUUUUAUCGCAGCAACUUCUAAGCAUUCAUUUCCUUUACUCCUACUGCUACGCCAGAAGCUAUUUCCAUCUUCUUUUCUUUUUCCUUGUCUCUAAAGUCAAAAAUCUAUCACACAAACGACGGUAAUCUUCAACAGACUUUCCGGAUCAAAUUGUGCUAAGAAUUCCUAUGAUUUGGUUAUCGCUCCUUGUUUUCUUUGCCUGCUCGUUUACAAGCGAUGCUGCCACCGUCAACGACUUUAUCUUUCCUAACAACCAGACCAAUCCUCGUAAAUACGAGGGGUCUUUUGAAAUUGGUACCGAGCUCACUGUUCAGUGGCAGUCCAUAUGGAAGAACACAACUUUGGUUCUUUGGCAAAGCGGGACGCCACAGUUCCAGUAUCUUCCAAACUCGAGAGAGAUGAUAAGCUUUACCCAAUUCAUAUGGAAAGUUGAUCUGAGUGGUACCAAUGGCAAUCCAAAAUUCGACCUGAACGCGGGGAAUGCCUUCUUUUUCGGCAUCUUUAACAGCGGCACAGCCGAUCUUUUCGAAAGUCAGUUUGUCAAUAUCACCGGGAAGAAUAACAUCGUAUCGACCCCUUCUUCAUCUGCUGUGGCUACGACCUCAGUGAGAAGCGCAGCCAGUACUGAUCCCACGACUUCCACCUAUGCCUCAAGCGCUGCCCUGAGUAGUACGACAGAUCAGCCCUCAAGCACCUCGACAAGUUCUUCGAUUCUCGUAACGCCAACAGUCUCUUCUGCACCGGUCAGCACACAAUCUUCUAGCGAGCUAAGUGUAGGUGCCAAGGCAGGAAUUGGUAUUGGUUCUGUAGUUGCAUUUUUUUCCAUUGUCGCCGCAGCUUUUGCUUUGGGGCGCUUCCUUCGUCAGCGAAAGUCUCCACAUACCCAUCCAGAGAGUGCAGUCAUGGGCCAUUCAAGUUUCGCUCCUUCCACGACCACGGCAGUGACCUCAGGGUCUCAGCAGUGGCACCCUCUGGUGGAAGCACAUUCAGGAAUCCAGAAACCAGCAAACAGGAUUUACGAGAUAUGAGAUAUGAGAUAUGAGAUUUAAUACCCUAUUGCCCUUUCACGCCCACCAUCAACCAGACCAUUUCUUUCUGUGCCUCGGAAUCAUUGGGGUUUUCACUCGCCAUUUCGAUACCCAGUUAGGAGGAUCAUACUAGCCACAAUCUGUGUUAUAGUGUUUCGUCAUGUAUUAAAAGAUUUUUUGCGUGUCUGUUGUUCUCUCUUGUAAUUAUAGAGUGGUUUUUAGUUUGGAGCGAUUCUACAAUCAUUAGCCACGCUUGAGGUAGUCAGGGAGCAACAGACACGAGCUUAUUUAUUAUAAUUUAACGUGUCAAUGAGUUUUGUUUCU